GCAAGUCCGGAGCCCUGAGAGAUCUCAGUUGCUACAAACUGCUCAGCACUGAAGGAGCCUGCAGCGCUCACCGUCAGGAAGGCAAACCACAGCCCAGGAAGCCCUGAGGUGUGGUUCCCAGGAAGCAUCUGAAAUGGGUCUCAUCCAUGCCUUCCUAGGGCUGGACUUUUGAGUGUUCAAAGAUGAGGCCACAUGCAGAGGACACCCCACAAAUCACUCUUCACCUCUGGCCUAAAGACAUCAGGGAAGGAACCAGGCUUGAUUGCAGCCCUGAGUGACUGGGCAGGAUGGGGAAACCUUUUUCUGGUCUCCUUGGUUGUCAGUCCUCCGUGUGGCCAGCAUAAACAGCAAGAGAUGGCCAAGAGACAUUAACUUUGGACUCAAGGAGCAGGUCACUUGGUCGCUCUCCUCAAGACCAUGGAUGUGCACUUGUUUGACUAUGCAGAGCCUGGCAACUACUCUGACAUCAACUGGCCAUGUAACAGCAGCGACUGCAUUGUGGUGGACACUGUGCAGUGUCCCACCAUGCCUAACAAGAACGUGCUUCUGUAUACCCUCUCCUUCAUCUACAUUUUCAUCUUCGUGAUCGGCAUGAUUGCCAACUCUGUGGUGGUCUGGGUGAAUAUCCAGGCUAAGACCACAGGCUACGACACGCACUGCUACAUCUUGAACCUGGCCAUUGCAGACCUGUGGGUCGUCAUCACCAUCCCCGUCUGGGUGGUCAGUCUCGUGCAGCAUAACCAGUGGCCCAUGGGGGAGCUCACAUGCAAGAUCACACACCUCAUUUUCUCCAUCAACCUCUUUGGGAGCAUCUUCUUCCUCGCCUGCAUGAGCGUGGACCGCUAUCUCUCCAUCACCUACUUCACCGGCACCUCCAGCUAUAAGAAGAAGAUGGUACGCCGUGUUGUAUGCAUCUUGGUGUGGCUGCUGGCCUUCUUUGUGUCCCUGCCUGAUACCUACUACCUGAAGACGGUCACAUCUGCUUCCAACAAUGAGACCUACUGCAGGUCCUUCUACCCCGAGCACAGCAUCAAGGAGUGGCUGAUCGGCAUGGAGCUGGUCUCUGUCAUCUUGGGCUUUGCUGUCCCCUUCACUAUCAUUGCGAUCUUCUACUUCCUGCUCGCUAGAGCCAUGUCAGCAUCAGGCGACCAGGAGAAGCACAGUAGCCGGAAGAUCAUCUUCUCCUACGUGGUGGUCUUCCUGGUAUGUUGGCUGCCGUACCAUUUUGUGGUUCUGCUGGACAUCUUCUCCAUCUUACACUACAUCCCGUUUACCUGUCAGCUGGAGAAUGUGCUCUUUACAGCGUUGCAUGUCACCCAGUGCCUGUCCUUGGUGCACUGCUGUGUCAACCCCGUGCUCUACAGCUUCAUCAACCGCAACUACAGGUACGAGCUGAUGAAGGCCUUCAUCUUCAAGUACUCGGCCAAAACAGGUCUCACCAAGCUCAUUGAUGCCUCCAGAGUGUCAGAGACAGAGUACUCUGCCCUGGAACAGAACACCAAGUGAUCCAUCAUUCUGCAGAGGUCGGGGGGACACGUGCAUGUUGCAAAUGGGGCGGCUGGGUCCUGUGGUUUCUUCAAGAAAGCAAUGUAGCUUUGGGUCUGGUUGCUUGAGUGGUAUGAAGAGGAGAAGGCAUGUGACCAUGCUUCCUGUCUCUCAUUCUCCAGCCAAGAUGGCUGCCGCCUGGAUGCCCAUCCUGACAGCUGGCAGCUGGCAGCUGGCAGCUGGCAGCAGGCAGGGCUGUGCUGUGCUGUGCUGUGCUGCGCUGUGCUGUGCUGUGCAGCCAGAGCUGCGUAUCAAAGCCAGCACCAGGACAGGCUCUUAUGGACAUGUGUACAGUAGAAUCUUCUGUGUUUCUUCAAGUUUUUACUUGGUGACUUUUUGUAUUUAAGUUUUAAGACUUUAUUUUCUCACUAUGGAUGUACCUUAUAAAUGUAUUUGAAAGCUAAAUAUAUUUUAAAUAUUGUAUGGGAGGUGUAAGGCUGUUGUAUUCAGACCAUGUAGGCCUCAGAUUAGCUGGACUUGAGUUUUGACUAAGGAUGACAUUAAUUGUUAGCUGAUUUGAAAUUAUAUAUAUAAAUAUAAAAAUAUAUAUAAAUUUAUGCCAGUCUCGGCUGAAAGGUUUUAUUUACAAUAGUUUUAUAUCUGUGCAAUGUUUAAUGCUGGCACAGCAUAUGAAACAACAACUGCCCAGCAAUGCAGUUUGUUACAUGAACCAUAUUGUAGAGUUACACUUCGGGCUGCAAACCCGUGAACAAGGGAAACAGAGCGUUCUGUUGAUUUGUAAGUUAUUUUUUUAAUAAAGAUUUUGUUUCCUAAAA